AUGGCAACGAAGGUGGACCCUGAGUUGAUCUUCACGAAACAGGAACGUAUUGGCAAAGGCUCCUUUGGAGAAGUGUUCAAGGGCAUAGACAACCGCACCCAGCAAGUGGUGGCUAUCAAGAUCAUCGACUUGGAGGAAGCCGAAGAUGAAAUUGAGGAUAUCCAGCAAGAAAUCAUGGUGUUGUCGCAAUGCGACUCACCUUUCGUCACCAAAUAUUUUGGUUCCUAUCUCAAAGGCACCAAACUAUGGAUUAUUAUGGAAUAUUUGGGUGGGGGUUCAGCCCUGGACCUGAUGAAAGCUGGCAGUUUUGAAGAAAUGCACAUUGCUGUGAUUUUACGUGAAGUACUGAAAGGUUUGGAUUACCUCCAUUCAGAACGCAAACUUCAUCGUGAUAUCAAAGCGGCAAAUGUGUUGCUCAGUGAAAUGGGUGAUGUUAAAUUGGCAGAUUUUGGAGUUGCUGGCCAACUCACAAAUACCACCAGCAAACGUAACACCUUUGUUGGUACACCUUUCUGGAUGGCUCCAGAAGUUAUUAAGCAGUCUGCGUAUGAUUCAAAGGCAGACAUCUGGUCAUUGGGUAUUACAGCCAUAGAACUUGCCAAGGGUGAACCCCCUAACUCGGAACUGCAUCCCAUGCGAGUUCUGUUCCUUAUCCCUAAAAACAACCCCCCUCAGCUGACUGGCAACUACACCAAACAAUUUAAAGAGUUUGUGGAAGCUUGUCUCAAUAAGGAUCCUGAAAAUAGACCAACAGCAAAGGAACUGCUUAGGUUUCCUUUCAUUAAGAAAGCCAAGAAAAAUUCAUACCUCAUUGAUUUAAUUGAUAGAUACAAGAAAUGGAAGUCUCAGCGUAGUGAAGAGAGUGAAACGGAGUCAGAAAACUCAGAUUCUGAGGAAGCAAAACAAGAUAGCGAUUUAGAUGAACCGUGGAUAAUGACAGUAAAGGGUCCCCAUUCUGUUAAGCCACCAAGUGAUGACACUCCUAAUCAUAAGAUUCCCCAGAAGGCCCAAAAUGGAUCUGGCCCUCCUCAGAAUAAGUCUCCACCAAAGGAUUCAAAUUUGAAUCAUUACCGCAGUGAGAAGGCUACUCCUUCUCGACCACAUUCGGCAGCACCUGCGGCUCCUGCUCCUGUCGAUAAUCGUAAAGAUAAGGAGAAAGCUCCAAGAGGCAAUGGGAGGGAAACUCCCUUGGAUCACCGAGGGGAACCUGCUGGGGCAGCUGAUCCUUUGGCCGAUCGCCCACGCAACAGGCGAUCAGUGGCUGAACCCGAGACGAACAGUAAAGUGUCCUCUUCUCAACGUUCACCUUGCUUGACAAGUACUAUCUAUCCUCUUAUAUCAGAGUUGCAACGUAGACACCAGUACAAGUCUCGUGGGCCUGAAUCGGCUCACAAGACAGAUGCUGCAGAAGAACUGAAAAACGCCUUCGAGCUGGCCGAACGAUCCAGUCCUGGCAUUUCACAGCUGCUGGUUCGGGAACUCUUGGCCCGUCUUCUUCCAGCAGCAGAUGCUAGGCUUAUAGCUGCCAUGGACAAGCUGGACAGAGAUGCUUCGUAGAAGCCAGGGACAGCAGAUGCCAGACUGACUGUAGGAAGUGGCUGUAGUGCGAUGCAGGCUUUCGUCUGGACCUCUUUGUUUGCCCUCUAGGUCUUGACUGGUGUAUGUUGAUCUUCAUCCAUUACGAACACUUCCAACCUUGCAUGCAGAGGGCUAUCUAGUGUCAUGUAGUGGUUGCUGAGGUCUAGGUCAUAUGACGCUUUGCCAGAUUCUUCUUUCCCCUCACUGACCGUUGCUGAAAGUGCUGGCAGUAGGUUGGAAGUAGAGCCAUGCUGGCUUAGGGGGUUGGAAAACCUCCUACCCUGAUUGUAGAAUUUUGUAUUGUUCCUGUAAUUGUUUCUUUGUAUCCAUUGUGGCUUCCUAGUAAUUUUUUACUUCAAUUUUUUAGACUUGUAACUGAAUUGUGAAGAAAUUCAACUUCCCUGUUUGUGUUCUGUCCAGUUGAUUAUGUUUGAGGGUGACUGAUUGACGAGUGUGUGGGUCUGCCAUUGAGGUUCAGCUGAGGCAGCUGGUUACCCGGUUUCUGUAUCUGGUACAUUUCUCCGUUGUACCGCACAGGACAAUACAGGACUUGUAGCUCUGCAGAUAAUUUUCUAGGUUCUGCCUCAGACCCCAUUCCAGGGUUGUGUGGCAUAGUUUUCUUGUAUUUAUAUUGCGCUCUAAUUGAACCCAAGCGUAAGGAGUCUCCUGAUUGGAGCUCCAGUUGUGUGUGUGUGUAUAUAUGUACAUGUGGCAUGCUAACUUGUAGGGAGACUUGUCCAUAUUUUUUCUUGAUUACAAGAAUGUAUUUUUUUAGAUGUGUAUAUACAUAUAUAAAAAUAUAUAUAUAUAUAUAUAUAUAAAUAAAAUCUAUAUACAUUUAUUCGGUUUAGUGAAUCUGGUGAUUAGGGGUAUCACCAAUACGAUUCACAUUUACUAAGGACAGAUAACUGGACACUAACAGUUGCCAGAAUAACUUUCAUGGCUUAGAAGUGCUCUUUUCAGGAGUUAAAAAACACAUUAAGAAUUGCAGGAUGUCCUUCAUUCUAGGGUAUGCAAGCAGAAUAUGCUUGUGCUCACAUUUAGUAUUUAAACCAGCAUUCCUUGUAUUCAUUUUGAAAGGCCAUCUCCCCACAGUUUUAAGAUUAGUGAUUUCCAUAAUGUAAGGACCUUGUACAAGUCUUGCUGCUCUAGCUCCGUAGUGAGCAGUAGAGCCAGAGCCAGGGCCAGGGAGCCGUGCUCCUGUGGUCGGCCACUUCCAGUAUUAGUGCCCAUUGAGUGCUGAGGUGGUGUUAUGUAAAUAGGUAUAUAUCCAGUGUGUUGAGGACUGCACAUCUCUUGUACAUGAUUUUGUGGUUGAAAACAAGGAAGUAAACUAGUUUACUCAAGUAAAUUGUGGUGAUUGUUCUGUAUGUAAAAGAAAAAUAAUUAAGGAGUUAUGCAAUUGCUGUGAUAAUUGUGCAAAUUUACAAAACAGAAUGUUGGUCAUCUAAUACAGCCUAAUUUACAGUAAUAUUUUUCUUCGUAAUGCAAAUGCAUCUGUGAACUGCAUUUGAAACUAACAAGCAUUAAUUAGUGCAAAUGUUCAUGUGCAGCUCAUGUGCAUUCAGAUACCCUGGCAGUGAGUUCAUCAAAUCAAAUGCUUUAAUAUUCAAUGUUGAGAAAUCUUGUAAACUAAUGAUUGUUGAAUUUUGAUUGUUUAAGUUUCUUCUCCAUAGGAGAUGUUCAGGUAUGGUUAGUAAUUUGUAGUAAAGUGUCGUUUUAACACCUGUACAGUUCAUUACUUGGGUGAAUGACUUCUGUAUCCAGGAAUGAGGCUGAAUAAUUCAUGAAAAAUAUAUUCUUCAGUAUGAGAUUGGUUGUACAGCAGAUUCAAAUACAAUAAAAGAAAUAAACUCUGUGUAUUACUUACUGGUUUUAUAAGGUUCUAUUUCCUUGCCUAUUAUUCAUGGGCAACAAUUGUUCAAGAUGUUUUAGUGAAGAAACAAGAAAAAUCAUAUAACUAUUGUAUGGGAAUGCAUUGUUAUGUUUUUAUAAUCAAUGUUUGAGUGAGACGGAUGUGUGUAAAUUACCUGUUGAUUCAAAUUAACUGUUGAAUUUAUUAGGAAGGGUUUAUUGAUUACUGCAUCUGAAGUUAAUUGUAAAUUGUUUUCAUAACAUUCAAUGUUAAGGUAGUUAAUGUUGCAAAUACACUCGUAAUUUAAAAAAAACAACAAAAAACUCUUGACUCAAUACUAUUUCAAUAAGGACUGUGAUGAUUACCUUCUUUGUCAAAUACAAAAUACUGUUGCAAGACAUCACAUAUUUGCAUUUCCCAAUACAUCUUUGAUACCCAGAGGGAAACAAAUAUCUUUAGGCAAAUAAUGUUCUUAGUUUAAUUGUUAACAUCUUUUGUUGGUUGCUAGAAAAUAUUGAAAUUAAAGUAUUUGAACACUACCUUACUACAGUAAAAUUUAAAGAUUUACUGAAUGAAGAUCAGAUGAUUCCCUUUACAAAGUAUUUCCAUCACAGUUUUUAAGUCGAUUAAGCACAUGUAAGAAAAGUUCAUUUAUUUCAAAUUUCUUAUUGUUAUGUGUCCUUUUAGGUAAGAACCCAGACAGCUUACUCAGAAUGUUAACUAAUAAAGUGACUUUCAUAGUCAAAUAAAGUUAUCACAUAGUAUUUAACGUACAUACUCCCUAAUGUCUGUUAAAUGUUUUUUUGAUAUUGAGUUUGAAUUAAGUUGGAAGCUUCAUUUCUCAUCUGAUUGUUUAACAGAUCGUUUGCGGAGUAUUGUGUCAUUAUCUUCAGAUUCAGUGGUGCUUGGAUUUUCUGUCUCCUCGUCAGAAGGCAGGGUUGCUGAAGCAAUUUUGGGUAUGGGCUGUGCAAGUUGUUCUUCGUCCUCAAUGACAAUAUCCAAUUGCCUAAUCAUCCAAUGAAAGAAAGCAAGAAUGGAGAAGGAGAAGGCCAGUGGCACAGAGGCACCACGAAUCCACCCCCAAAUGUUAGUAGUUGUGGGCUAGCGGGAGAGGCGGAUUCUACCUACGCCGGGCGAGGGAAGUGAGAGGCGGGGGUCGCGUUACUCGUAUGCCUCGUCGGUGACGGUGAAGGGCUUCGGCGUGGGCAGCGCCCCCGCGUCCACUACCACCACCGGCUGCAGCGGCCGGUCGUCGGCGUCCGUCGGCGUGUUCUCGAUCUUGUGCACGACCGCCAUCCCGUCCACCACCCUUCCGAAAGCUACAUGGAUAUUGUCCAGCCAUGGUGUAGGUACCGUUGUGAUGAAGAAUUGACACCCGU